GAAUAUGAUACAAGACAUGAUUCAUACGAAACUGAUUUCCAUUCUGCCUUCAGCUUUCUGCUAAAACAUACAUUGAACUUUGAUAACAGGUGCAAAUCCAUUUUAUUCAUCUUAGCAUAAUGACAGAGAGAUAAGGAAGUCAGGAAAAUAUUCUGGUUGAUCACUGGGCCCCUAUGCAUCUGAAUUAUGAAGAUAGAACAUUCUAUGAUUAUAGGAUGCUAGAGCAAGGACAGAAACUUGAAGAUUCUCAAGGUAUCGUCUUGAGCUCAAGCAGGAUGCAAUUAUUUCCCCUCACUGCUUAUAUAUACCUUCCCCCACUCUCUCUUCUUUCUCAGACCGUCCAAUACCUUCAUCUUAGCUAUUAUAAUACACCAAUCAGUUUACAGCCAUCAAAUCAUCAACAGCAACAACAUGGAAACUUCAGAGACCCAAAGGAACAAGUGUGCAGCAUGCUUCAAACAGUUCAACAGAAUUGAGCACCUUGUGGAUCACAUGCGAAAGUCAUAUCAUUCAGUUCAUGAACCCAUGUGCGGAAUCUGUAAGAAACACUGUGGUUAUUUUGACUCCCUAAGAGAACAUCUUAUAGGUAAUAAGCUUUCAUUCAGUCUAUGAUUUUCAAUCCAAUUUUUUGUUGCCUUGGACUCAAAAGAACAAGAACAACUUUGCUUCUUAAAAGGGCCAUUGCCAAGACAAGAGUGCAGGAACAUAUUCAGUGUCAGAGGAUGCAAGUUCUGUUUUGCAAUUCUGGAUAGUCCUCAUUCUCGCAGGAUUCAUCAAGAAAGAUGCCAGUUCUCUGGGGUAAAUACUGUACUAAUUGUUAGCUUUCACCUACAAGAUUCUCAAAGUUCUUAAUCAUCUUCCCAUAAUCAGAUUGAGUUCUAUAUGAUCAUGUUCAAUUUAUUCUUGCAGGGAAUAGCUUUCCGAAUGGCUAACCUAGGCAUCUGUGACAACCUGACCAUUGACAAUGGCUUUGCGAGGGGUCCACAAGUAGUUGCCCUAACCUGCAAAAUGGUUGGAGGUGGCAGUGAUGGAUCCUUAGAUCUUUGUGCUAGGGUUUGCCUCAUUGAUGAAAAUGAGAAUAUAAUCUUCCAUACUUAUGUCAAACCACCCUUGCCUGUCACAAACUACAGGUAUGAAACCACUGGUAUUCGUCCUGAAUUUCUUUGGGACGCAAUGCCACUGAGGCAAGUGCAGAAGAAGAUUCAGGACUUCCUGUGCAAUGGGGAACCCAUGUGGAGGAUUCGACCUAAAGGUGGAAGAGCCAGGAUUCUUGUUGGUCAUGGCCUUGAUCAUGAUCUUGACCGUCUGCAAGUAGAAUACCCAGCAGUCAUGAUAAGGGAUACUGCAAAAUAUCCACCUUUACUGAAAACAAACAAACUCAGCAACUCACUCAAAAACUUAACUCAAGCACACCUUGGGUAUGACAUACAAAGUGGCAUUCAAGAUCCAUAUGAGGAAUGUGUUGCAACAAUGAGGCUUUACAUGAGGAUGAGGUCUCAAGGUCACAAGAAAGAAGAUUACCCUCUAGCUUCAGACCCACCAAAUCGGAACAAUUUUGCAUUGUCAAGGCAAACUGAGCUAGAGAAGAUGACCCCUGAGGAAAUGCUGGCAAUUUCAAGGUCUGACUACUACUGUUGGUGUUUGGACUCUCCAUGACCAUUGAAGGAAAAUAUGUAGAGGGGAGAUGAGGAAGGAGAGAUUUCCGGUCAAGGUAUCCAUUUCAGGAUCACUAGACAAUAUCAAUAGUCAAUAAGAGGGAAAUAUUUGU